CCCCCACGAGCGCCCCGAAGUGCCUGCGGGCAGACGCGCUGCCAACGCUCGCGUUUUCUAGGUUCUGCUUCCCCGCGACGUCCCGGCGCCCGGUUACCUGACUGACAGGACGGGAGAGCCUUAAGAUUACUUUUUUGAAGAAGACAGGUUCCUGAUUUAGAAGGUGGGGUAGAGAAAAGCUACCUAUUUCAGAACCCCAUUACUAAAGUCACUAAUAAUUAGAUCCCAGUGCUGUCUGUUUUCCGUAUGGUUUUUAGAUGUGACUUGGGGACAGGUGUGGCCUUGGAGGGUGUUUUCUGAUGUAAACUGUGCUUCAGAACAGCCCUAGAGUCUCACUCUGUCUUCUCCCCCCCAGGCCAGCUGUCCUCCAGAAAAAGCAUCCGUAGAAGGAAGAAUUAUUAUGCUUCUUAAAAUCAAUGCAAAGGAAAAAAAAAAAAAAAGAAAAUCAAUCCCCUAAGUAGCUCAUAAAGAAACUGGAAAUUACCUGUAAAUGCACCAUCCAAAGACAAAUUACUAUUGAAAUUUGGUAUGUAUGUGUCCACUCUCCCCCUUUCCUCAGCCUGUGUGUAUGGUUUUGGUUUCAAAGCAUUAAAUCCGAAUAGUGCAAAUGAGCCAAAGACUCUUCAGAUCUUAGUUUACAGAGGGAACUAAUUUCGCCACUAUAACCAUGUGCUUGUGCAAGGGGAGAGGCUCUCCAGGAUUCAUCUUGCUUUGAGAAAAUCUCACUGCUAGGGUUAAGCUACAUCAUUUGAAACUAAUCCCAUGACAACAAAUAAUUAAGGAGUACAGCCUUUCAGAGUUAUAUUGUUGAGGAUUCUGGUAUUUCUCUCACAGGACAUGACAGUGAUCACUGGCAUAUUACAAGCGUGGACUGUAAAAUAAUAUUUCCAAGGACAGAUCUAUAAAACAAGCAUGAGGUGGCAACACUUACAAAUGUUCUAUUAAGUCUCCCCCAUCACACUGAAGAGAUUCAGUCUCUUGCUAAUGUUCUUUUUUCUAAAAAAAAAAAAGAUUUAUUUAUUUAUACAAGAACCGGGGUACAGACCAGAUGCACGGAGGGUGAGAGGAUUCACCAGAGACAGAGGGGAGCAGAACAGGCAGACUGACAAAAUACACUGCUGAGGGGAGCAGCGGGCGAGACUGGAGAGGUCUACCACGCCAUAUGGGGCCCUCGCUGGCCAGCGGGGAUAGAAUCUGCGCUGCAGAGGCUGUGGAUAGCUUCAUAGCAUUGUUCUCAACCACCUGCACCACCAGGGGAGCCCCCCCUUUUUUUAAGAUUUAUUUAUACUAGAACUGGGGUACAGGCCAGAAGUGCGGAAGGGUGAGGUAGAUGGACUGAAAACACUGCUGAGGGGAGCAGCAGGCAAGACAGGAGAGGUCUCUUGCUAAUGUUCUUUUUUUUUUUUUUUUUUUAAAAGAUUUAUUUAUUUAAGCACUGGGUACAGUCAGAAGCGCGGGAGGGUGAGAGAAUUCACCAGAGCCAGAGCAGGGAGCAGAGCAGGCAGAAGGACAAAAGUACACUGCUGAGGGGAGCAGCAGGCAGCAGGAGAGGUCUGCAUGCCAUGUGGGACCCCCCCACCCUCCAGUGGCUGGGGAGCAGCCGGGGAUCGAACCGGUGCUGCAGAGGCUGCGGGCAGCUUCGCAACCCAGCGCUCAACCGCUGUGCCACCGGGGAGGCCCUCUUGCUAAUGUUCUUAAUUUGACUCUUCUUAGUUUGUUCUUAGAUCUGGAAUUUUAUUAUAGAAUCUUGUCUGUCCCUUUUGUUGCUGGUGGGGAACGAGCAUUUCCUCCUUAGAAUCUUUUUUUGCUAGUAUUUUUUUUUAAGAUUUAUUUUAUUUAUUUAUGCAUACAAUAACUGGGAUAUAGGCCAGAGGUGCAGGGGUGAGAGGAUUAACCAGAGACAGCGUGGGGAGCAGAACAGUCAGAUCUAUUGAAAUACACUGCUGAGGGGAGCAGUGGGGAGACAGGAGAGGUCUGCUCCACCAUAUGGGUCAGCUCCCUGGCCAGGGAUUGAAUUCAUGCCGCAGUGGCUGGCAAUAGCUUGAUAGUGCUGAUACUUAACUCCUUGCGCCACCAGGGAGGCCCAUUUUUUUUUUUUUGCUAGUAUUGUUAUUGGAAAUGAACUUUAUUUUUAUGAGGCUCUGGAAGUUUUCAGUGUUACCUAGACAGCAGGUUUCAGACACACCUAUUUAACAUAAGAAAAAGGAAAGAGUGCAGUUUCUUCUAUUAAAAUGGAUUAAAAGAUGUGUGACACUGUUGAUCUUGAAUAACUACUUAAAUUACUGUUGCAUAUUACUGUGUUUUAUGUAGGUCAGCUACUCCACAGUUAAGACAGUCAAACCUGGUAGGUGUUUUUAUCCUGUCUUACCAGUGGGGAGCCAGCCUCUGUCACGUAAGCAGCUGUCAGCGCACGUUCACAUUUGAAACUCAUCCCACAGAGCCUGUGCCCCUCUCUUGCCUUUUAAACCUCCCUUCUUCACGUGGGGAUUCAUCUUAAAGUCCUUUCUCAAUAUAAAUCAGUACCUUUGUUUUUAAAGAUUUAUUUAUUUAUACAAGAUCAGAGGCACGCGAGGGUGAAAGAAUUCACCAGAGAGAGCAGGCAGAAGAACAGGUAGAUGGACGGACACUGCUGAGGGGAGCAGCGGACGAGACAGAGAGGUCUGCCAUGCCAUUUGGGUUUCUCCCUGUCCGGACAGCAAUCGAACUCGUGUUACAGAGGCUGCAGACAGCGUUACAGCGCAGCGCUCAAUCCACUGCGCCACCGGGGAGGCCCCUAUAAAUCAGUAUCGUUAAUACAUAUAUUGUAGGGCCUCCCUGGUGGUGCAUGGGGUUAAGACCAGCACUGUGAAACUAUCCACAGCCACUGCAGCACGAGUUCCAUCCCCGGCCAGGGAGCUGACCCACAUGGUGCAGCAGACCUCUCCUGACUCGCCUGCUGCUCCUGUCAGCAGUGUAUUUCAGAUCUGCCUGCUCUGUUCUCUACUCUGUCUCUGCUGAAUCCUCUCACUCCCCACACCUCUGGCCUGCACCCCAGUUCUUGUAUGCAUAAAUAAAUCUUUAAAAAAAAAAUGGCCUCACACAAGCCACUCACUACUUAAUCUGUCUUCUACCACAAGACAUUGAUGUUUUUCAUGGUUCACUCUUUAAAAUGAGUUUCUGGAAUGUCUGAAUAAAAUUGAUGCAUUGGUUCAGUCUCCCUCUUGAUUGUAAAGUUAUACUCUAGUGUGGUAAGCUGGGUUAAGAAUACACAGGAUUCGUCUAUAUUUCUUAUAACUGCAUGUGAAUCAACAAUUAUCUCAAUUUUUAAAAAAGAUACCCCAUAAAAAAUCCCUGAACAUUCUUAUGCAUAUAUUUAUGUACUACUAUAGCUGUUUCUCUGGGGGGCAUUUCACAAGCACAAUUUUUGUUAAGUGGCUACCAUAUGCUUGACCCUGGAAUUACAGAAUGACUGAAGGGACACUGCAUUGCUUAUAGCCCAGCAGGGAAGGGAAGCUGAACAGAAGUGUAAGGCAGCCUGUGGUCAACACCCAAAAGGUUCCAGUCAGUGUGUCCUGAGAGGGGCUGGGGAGGGUCCUCAUUCUCACGUUAGUAAGUCUAAACACAGGCUCUCUGUGGAAAUAAAUGGAAUUUGUUUUCUAAAUUUUAUACUUUCCUUUUUUUUUAAAUGUUUGCUGCAAAGUGAAAACUGCUAGUGUUGCAGAGCAACCCCGAUAUAAAACAGGUUGCCUGACUGUGGGUCCUCACCCACACACUUAAAGGGGACUUUAAGCGCUAAACUUUGAAUGCUAAACUGCAGACACACAAAAAAGGUUGAUAAAAGAUGUAUUUACAAGGUAACGGGAAAUGGGAAAAUGAGUAACUCAGGGAGAAAAAGAGGGAGACAAGUUCGUAAAUGCGUCCUACCCGUUCCGCUGACCUGGAAUCCCAAUGACCCCCCAAGCAAAAACAAAAAAAUGAGCACUCCGUGUGGCUAAGAGGGCGACCCCUGGCCACAUGGCCAGUUAAAUACGCAAACCAAGAGCCUAGUUGCUUAACUCUGCCCAGGUCCUCACAGCCUUCCCUUGGUGAUCAUGGCAUUUGUAGUUCCAGUGUCUUGAUGGAGUGGGGGUGGAGUCCACAAAGCCCGUAUGGAGUUUGCUCAGGACAUCCUUUCCCCCUAUCACUCGCAUAAGAUGAGUCAGGUAGGACAUCAUGACUCAAAGCAAAAGUUCAGAAGUAAAAUCACCCUCCCAUCAGGACAUAAAACUGAGCAACAGUUUUAAGCUCGGUAUCUAUUGAACUUCUAUGCAAUCUUAGAAUUUUUUAUAGAAUCUUAGCCAUUUUUUUUUUCCAGCCAGUUCUCCAACUCUAUCAAAGAGUUGGCUUCGGUGUUAGAAGUGAAAAGAGAGAAACAUUAUUCAAAAAAAAAAAAAUUCCAAAGAUAAUAUAUUCUGAGCUUUUUCUGCAAGUUCAAGAGUAGACUUUUUAAAAAGAAAAUUUAAGUCUGCCUCUUAAUAAGUUUGAAAGGAAUAGAUACACCCACAUAUUUUUUUCUUGUUACAUUUUAAAAGGACAGGUUUCUUAGGAAAAGGCAGGGAGAAGAUGAUGCUUGCACAGACAAGGGCAGAAGGAGCUGCCAGACAUUUUCUUAUCUGUAUCUGUCAACCUGAUGCUGCCUGUUACACAUAUGUAAUUAAGCAAAGAAAACCAAGGCCAGGUCUGGAGUCUGCUUCAGUCACUCUCUACACACACUCAGGUCAUCACCCUCUAGGCCUGCUGUGGCUAAGGCAGCCUCCCACUGACAGAUCACACAGCAAAGUCAAUGACAGGCAGGCUCAUGGGCCAGCAUCUGGGGAGCCCAGGCACAGGCUUCCCAGAGCUCUCUCCUGGGUGGACCCACAAUCCCCACAGCAGCCAUGGUGGCUGCGUGGAGGACAUGUGUCUAACAGGGAUGCUCCCCAAGCCAAGGGCCCAGGGUUUCUGUAAGCCCAGUCUUGCACACACCAAAACCAUGGAUUCCCAGAGGAAGCAAGUGCUCAGCACAAACCACACCAUUAAAAGUUCCAGAACUGUGAGCUGUGCUUCUCAGCUGAGGGACAGUUGGGACACUCAGGAGUCCAGCCGAGGCCUGUCUGGCAAGCCGUCCUCAGGACAGCAGUUUCAAACCUGCCCUGCUAACGCCUGCACGAGGGGUCUUUAUGUCUAUUUCUAUUAUUUCUUUCAAUCAUUGUCUUGUGGUUGGUUUCUCUCUCUCUGUGUGAGUACCCUGUAUGUAUGCACAUAAAAGCAUGUGUGCAUUUUCUAUACUACAAAUUGCAUAAGAAUUUUAUAAAUGUGUUAUUGUGUCCUGGUUCGGUAGCCUGAUUUUUUUCAACAGGUCUGAACUAUUUUUUUCCUAACUUGAAGUAUCUCUUCCAGCUUAGUAUUCAGUGACCACUUAAUGCUUUAUCACCGAUAUGCCACGUGCUGUGGGCUUGGUGCUGACUGCUGCCCCCACAGAUCCUCCUCCGCCCUGUCUCAACCUACAUGGCCUGACCUCGAGGCCACCAGGUCUGUUUGGCAGGGGCAGACGCUCCCCUGGAUGGGGUGGCUGGAGGGAGCAUGAGGUGCUCCGGGCACACUAAACGCCCUGAGCGCCCAGUUCAGGUCCAAGUCGCAGUUCUGACACCAACUGCAAAACUCAGAUGUGUCUCAAAACCACCCUCAGGUUUAAGAGGAAGGACCCACAGGCCCUGCAGAGCACUGUCCUGCCAGGUCAUGAUUUAUGACAGGAGGACCUGACAGGAAAACAGUACGGAAGGGGAAGGCCACAGCCCGCUCCAGGGAGGGCAGACCCAGCACUGCGCCAGCUGCGAUGCUGGGGUCGGCCCCCAGGCAGGCACAACUGAGCUUCCCUAUGCAGCAUUCCCUGGGGCUUUAUGUGAGCUUGGCUGGCUCACUGCAGCGGAUUACCCAGUCUCCAGGUCAGCUGUACCCCUGGAAUCACCUGGGGGUGGCCAGCCCCUGCACCAAAGAAGACAUUCGGAUUAGGUGAUGCAGAUUGCUCUCGGAGGCCACAGGCAAAGGUUAGACCUCUGGUCAACGCCAAAUUCUUCACUAUGUAUACCCCAACAGGGAGCUGGCUGGAAAUCUAAAAUGUCAAGGCAAAAAAAAAAAAAGAAAGCUCCUCCAAUUAGCUCUGUACAAUUAGGUUUCCUGGGGCUUCAGGGUGAUCUUGUUUACUUUCCCCCCAUAAACCUCUUAAUUUUCCUCAGAUGGGUCUCAUUUAUAUGUGGGUGUUGUAGGGAGGGGAGCCUGAGGUUCUAUGGCGGUAAAGGUGGAGGAGGGAAAACGCUGUAUUUUGGGAGCCCAGGGUCGCUUACUUUUUUUUUUUUUAAAGAUUUAUUUAUAUAAGAACUGGGGUACAGGCCAGAGGCACAGGAGGGUGAGAGGAUUCACCAGAGACAGAGCAAGAAUAGGCAGACUGACUGAAAUACACUGCUGAGGGGAGCAGCGGGGAGACAGGAGAGGUCUACCACGCCAUGUAGGUAUCUCCGCGGCCGGCCGGGCUCAAACCCAUGCUGCAGAGGCUGUGGACAGCUUCACAGCGCGGCGCUCAACCUGCUGCACCACUGGGGAGGCCCUAGGGUAGCUUACUUUAAUGCAGGCUUUUCUUCCCAGCUCUGGGUCCUCUGGAUUUUGUCUCUUCGGUGAAGGGGACCCCAAGAACCCUGAUCAGUUCUUGAUUGGGAAACUAUGGCCCACGGUCUGGUGACCUUCUCUGAUGUGGCAAUCGACUUCUCUCAGGAGGAGUGGGCAUGUCUGGACUCUGCGCAGAGGGACCUGUACUGGGACGUGAUGCUGGAGAACUACAGUAACUUGGUCUCACUGGAUUUGGAGUCCCCAUAUGAGACCAAGAAUUUACCUACAGAAAAGGGCAUCUGUGAAAGAAAAUUUCCCAAAUGGAACGCAAAUGGAAAAAGGAAAGCCCCUGGCUUUGACUGGAUGUGUGAAGGUGAGUUUGACGGCCCACAGGGCCCUCGAGAGGGCUAUUUCAAUCAAGUGAUAAUCAACUGUGGGAAAACGCCCACUUGCAGGGAAAGUCCAUCUACAAGACCACAUCAGAGACACAACAGGGAGAAUUCCUAUGAAUGCAAGGAGUGUGGGAAGGCCUUCAGUCGCAGCUAUCAGCUUACCCAACACCAGAAAAUUCACACUGGUGAGAAACCCUAUGAAUGUAAAGAAUGUAAAAAGGCCUUUCGUUGGGGUAAUCAGCUUACUCAGCACCAGAAAAUCCAUACAGGUGAGAAACCUUAUGAAUGUAAGGACUGUGGGAAAGCCUUCCGGUGGGGCUCGAGCCUCGUUAUUCAUCGGAGAAUCCACACGGGUGAGAAGCCCUAUGAAUGUAAAGACUGUGGAAAAGCCUUUAGACGUGGCGAUGAACUCACUCAGCAUCAGAGAUUUCACACCGGCGAGAAAGACUAUGAAUGUAAAGACUGUGGGAAGACCUUUAGCCGUGUGUAUAAAUUAAUUCAACACAAGCGAAUCCAUAGUGGUGAGAAGCCCUAUGAAUGUAAAGACUGUGGAAAGGCCUUCAUUUGUGGCUCAAGCCUCGUUCAACAUAAGAGAGUUCACACCGGUGAGAAGCCCUAUGAAUGUCAAGAAUGUGGGAAGGCCUUCACUCGCGUCAAUUAUCUUACUCAACAUCAGAAAAUCCACACUGGUGAGAAGCCUCACGAAUGUAAGGAAUGCGGGAAGGCCUUUCGUUGGGGUUCGAGCCUCGUUAAACACGAGAGGAUUCAUACAGGCGAAAAGCCAUAUAAGUGUACAGAAUGCGGGAAGGCUUUUAAUUGUGGCUAUCACCUUACUCAACAUGAGAGAAUUCACACUGGUGAGACGCCUUAUAAAUGUAAGGUAUGUGGAAAGGCCUUUAUUUAUGGGUCGAGCCUUGUUAAGCAUGAGAGAAUUCACACGGGGGUGAAGCCCUAUGAAUGUAAAGAAUGUGGAAAGGCCUUCAGCCAUGGCCAUCAGCUUACACAGCAUCAGAAAAUUCAUAUGGGUGAGAAACCUCUUGAAUGUAAGGAAGGCGGAAAGGCCUGUGAUCCUGUAAAGCCUCACAGAGACCAUCAGAAAAUGCAUAUGGCUGAAGCAACUUUUGAAUGUGACAAAAAAUCUGUGGAAGUCUCCAUAUAACAGAAAGAACAGUAUGAUAUUAUUUAACAGACAGAAGCCUUCACGGUCACUCUGGCUGAUGGAUAUCAGAACAGUCAGGCUGCGGACAAACUUGGGAGACUGGAGAAAUCACUUUUUUGUAGUGAUCACAUCGUACUUGGUGGAGACAAGUUUGUCACUGGACAGGUUAGUUUAAUGAGUACACAGAAACCUUCCAGUGCCAUUCAAUCCCUGUCACAUUUCAGAUUCAUUCUAGAGAAUACUGUGCUAGUGUAAUGCAACGUGGGAAAGCCUUUCAUCAUGGUACCUCCCCUACCUGUUACCAUCAGCAUCCCACCUCCUUACUCCUCAUGAGACACUGGGACUGUCACCUACUCUCCUGUGCAUUUGUGAAGUAGGAUUACCACACCUACCUAAAACUGCUGUGGUGGUGAUUGAGUCUGAUACAUGUAAACUCCUUGAAAGUGUAUGUGGAAUACUGUGUAAGUUCAAUAAAGAUCAUUAGCUGUUGUUUUUAUUAUUACCAUGAGUGCUGCUUUUAAUGCAUUAUUACAAGACUCCCAUAGGUGUAACGAGCUUAGAAAAGACUAUCAGACUUCUAGAAGAAAGUGUAGAUUACUGUCAGAAUUUCUUAGUACACAGAAGACACAAACAAAAUUAACAAUUAAAUAAAAAUAAUCAAAAGUACAAAGUUCUCUUCAUCAAAUGAUACCAUGGAAGUGGUAAAAAAGCAAGAAACAGACGGGGGAAAGAUAUUUACAUAACCUGACACAGGAUCCACAUAGAAAAUAAAGACAAGUCAGUUUUAAAACCAAUUAAGGGGGGAAAAACAAGGGGGGCUUGAGCAAGCACUUCACAGGAGACUACCAGAAGGCCAGUAAGUAACUGAAUUACAUUCAACAUCAUUUCUCAUCAAGGAAAUGCAAUGAGAAACCACUACAGGUCACUAGACACUAGCAAGGCUAAUACUAAAACUGCAUACAAACUGAUUGUUGUUAGAUGUUCAAUAUGUCCUGAUCAGGGAGGAACUGGACUAGCACAAUUGAACCUCUGCCCUGUCCUGGAAAGAAAUGGACUGUCUUAAGGGAAAGUACUACAGCCAGUAACGGGUAUCUGAGAUUAUGGGUGGGAGAGGACUAGGGCCCAUGGCAGUGAACUUGAAAAGCUGGAGGAGGGACUAAUAAGUGUGGUACAUGUCAGGGGAAAGGGGAAAAUAGACAGAGCUUAGGUCCUGGGAAGAAAAGGAGUCUGCAGGGUGCUUUUGAAACCAGAGGCUUUGAGUGCUCGCAGGAACAACCUGGGAGAGAUCCAGGUAGGUGCUAAAGCCAACGGGAGACCCUGGACACAGGGUAAGGCUGUUUGGGGAAAGCCCAAAGGAGUGUCCAAUAAAGGCUGUCAGAGGGUACCAAAUUGGUUUUAAGUAGGACUUAACUUAUUUACCUUGGUGGGGCUUACAUUUCAAUUAAAACGUCUUAGUUCUUAUAUUUGUACCUCAGAAUUAGGAUGAGGUUAGGGAUUUGACCCCUCUGGGCAGAGGAUGGAGAGAGUAAGAAGACAUGCAGUGGAGGGUGCCAACCUACGUUUCAGAGCUGAGUCUUCAGAACCGGUUUCCUACAGCAUUAGUAAUCCUCCUAAUAGGAGUUACUUCUUAGGGCCUCCCUGGUGGCACAGCAGGUUGAGCACAGCGCUGUGAAGCUGUCUGCAGCCUCUGCAGUGUGGGGUCGAUCCCAGCCAACC